AUAAAAGAUAUAGAUUAAAUAAAAAAGUUAAAGCAACUAAUAAUGAAAGUACUCAACUACUUCGUUUAAACGAAAAUAUUCAACCACCGCCCUUGGAUGAAAAUAUUCAAUUGUUACCCUUAAGCGAGGAUAAUGUAGAUACAGAUAGCAUCGAAAAUAGCAGUGAUAAACUUAUUUAUAAUAUAUAUGAUAUUGAAAAGCUUGUUAAUAUCAAAUUUAGAGAUAGUGAAGAAAAAGAUAAACCAGUUAAAUUUUCUGUAAUAGUAAAACUUGAAAGAAAAUUAGUUAAUGAAGAAAUAAUAUCUCUAGAAAUUGAUCAAAAUAAGAAUACAGAGUUUCGGGAA